UGAAGAAACACCAAUUUCAAACGUUUUUGCUUGGACAACCCACCACUUCACAGUACACCAUAGUUAAAUGGCUAAUUCAAUGUUUUUAUUAUAUUUCACACAGAGACCAUAUUAAACUAACGUUUAUCAACCAGCUCUGCGAAAGAGAUAAGACUGAUCAUGGUUCAUCUUCUCGAGUAAUAGUAUCAUGAUAGAUGUGUUUUUUACACCAUUUUUCAAAUGACAAGCCAAAACGUAAUUUUGGGUCGUUUUGUGAACCCUUCAUAAUCGCUGCAAGCGUUUGACAUUGAAUUGGUAAAUGUACUUUAUUUUUUCAGGCAUGAAAAGGCUUCGGUCCAUACCACCUACCAUUUCACUAUGUCCAUAUAAGUAAGGAACACCCUAUAUACUGUGUCAAUAAAAAAAGACGUAUAAUAAAAUAAUAAAGCAGUGACGUUCAUCAUGAUCCUCAGAUUAUUAGUCAUGAUCGAAGCCCUUGUCUCAGCAUGGGGUCCAGCAGCACGGCGCGAAUGUCUCUUCGCCGUGGAGGUACCACGGGUACCGUAGCCGGUGUGUAUCAGCAUGAAUGGAACAGGUUUUUUAUGGAGCGCCGGUGCCACGCUGAACAGCUGCCGCCGCCGCCGACGCCAAAGAUACCUCCACGAAGGUCUCUUCACGCCCAGCAUCCCAAACGACCCGCUGACUGUUAGUUCGAAGAAGCCGCCGUUGUUACCAUCAUCACUAUCACCGACAAAGUCAUAGUGCCAACUUUUAUUGAUUGUGCAGCAUCAACCUACUACAACAUAGACACAGCAACAGGUGUUUAAUGAAUGAUAGAAGGACCAGCCUUGGUUGACUACCAACCGCCCUUACAGAGGCCUCCGGAUCGUUUCGAGUACUUCAGGCCCUUCGAGCCCUUUGAAUACCCAGGCAGCAUGGAGAUGCAAGAAGAACUCGCAGUUCCUUCUUCGCCAAACAGUGUACAGAGUGACAGUGAUACCUCCAUCUCAAGCGUGGAAGUGCCUUCGCAGACGAUUCGUUACCCGAAGACAUCUUCAGAGGUUGAAGUGCAGUGUCGAUGGAGGUCGUGUGGUCUGAGGUUUCCAUCAUUAGACCAGCUAGCCAAUCACGUAGCAAAGGUGCAUUCCGCUAGUGGAAGGGGUGGACUAUUCUACUGUGGCUGGGAAGGUUGUACGAGGAACGAUAAGGGAUUCAAUGCAAGGUACAAAAUGCUAGUACAUGUUAGAACACACACCAACGAAAAACCACACAAAUGCUUCCAAUGUGAAAAAUCCUUCUCACGAGCAGAAAACCUGAAAAUCCACUCGAGGUCCCAUAGCGGCGAAAAACCUUACAUCUGCCCAGUACCAGGUUGCAACAAAGCCUACUCAAACUCCAGUGACCGAUUUAAGCACACCAGAACGCAUCAGGUCGAGAAACCAUACCAGUGCAAGGUACCAGGAUGCCCGAAAAGGUGAAUAAACAUGUUUUCUAUAUUGUUCCAAAAUACGUUUUGGUAACUCUAUUUGGUAUUAUUCGAGACUUCAGAAUUUCUGAGAUCGGUUUUAAAUCCAGAGUCAUCAAAAUAGGUUCAGGGACAAAUGAAUAUCGUCCAAAACAUUAAAAUGAUAAAAAUAAAGCUUGUCCUAUAUUUUAAUUUUUUACUUCAUUAUUUCGCGAGUUCCGGUAAUGUCCCCUUUUUGGUGACAAUGAUUUGUCAGAUUAAAAAGGUUGCAUUACUUUAGCAUUAUACGGGGUGCGGUAGCAUAAUGUCCCUUUGUAAAGUUCGCGUCAUUCAGUCGGUUGAUGUCGUAGCAGCGCGCUAGUAGUCUCGUUCGAGAGACCGAACUAUAAAGUUUUGUCCCGACACAGUUCAGUCGCCAUCAUGCGUUGAAAUCACUUUAAUUUAGCUCCGUUAGACUCUGUCCUGGAUCUGAAAGCAAUACUCAUUACGUUUUACACAAAUUUUAAGUGCGACAAGACAAAGAACUAAACUCCCUCAAAAAAAUUAGACAGUGAGAGCGUCAAUGUUGCGAUCAUCGCGGCGUUUUGCGCGCAAAUAUGCGUCUGCCCUUGGACUUUCCGAUCGUGCUGUUACGAGAAUUUUUCAUGAUGAUCCUCAUUUCCAUCCUUAUAAGAUGGCAAUUGUGCAAGAGCUUUCUGUACAUGCCUUUAAUUCUUGGAUGAACGCGUGUGAGCGACUCCUCGAAGUCUUUCCUGAGGCCGCUAUUGUUUUUGUUUUCAAUGAUGAAGCCCAUUUUCAUUUGUGUUUGUCCAUCAACAAGCAAAACAUGCGCUAUUGGGCUAUCACCAGCCCGCUCUCCCCACUUGCCACCUUGUGAUUUUUAUUUAAAUCCCGCAUGUAUGUGAACCGUCCAUAGACUCUACAAGAUUUGAAGACUAACAUCCAGGAAGAAAUUGACAACAUAACGCCUGCUAUGCUGGCAAAAGUUAUAACAAACGCCAGAAAUCGGUUCACUCAGUGCAUGGACAAUGGGGGACGUCACCUAUCUGAUUCGAUCUUCAAAACUAUGUAAAACAAAACUUUAGACAUGCGUCUACGUUAUAAAAAAACAAAUAAAAAUGAUCUGAUUCAUAGAAUGGGUUUUGAUAAGUGUUGAGAAAAAAGAAGUUAUUCUGCCGCACCCUACACUACAUCUGUGAAAUUAAACAAGAAAAUCACUAAAUAGCUGAAUCAUCAGGGUCCAGAUGAUUUAUGGUUAAAUACAUGUUUUGUGCAACUGAACGUGUGAACUAAUUCAUAUCAUGUUACAGGUAUACAGAUCCAAGUUCGCUCAGGAAACACGUGAAGACGUACAAACACUUCGUGAACGAGUCAAAACCCUCUGAAUCGACUGCAGUUAUCCCAGAACGCGAACAACCACUGAGAGAAGACAUCAUCAAACAUCCCUGCAGCUGCAACAGAAUAUGUUGCAUUGCCAGCUGCAUCAACAACACUGCUACAAAAGAUUACAACAGUACCGCAACCGACUUGUUCAGUAUAAGUACUCUCAUAAACUUGAAGAACGAGGAAACAAAAUGGAGCGGGUAUAUGACUGAAAAGGGUGCAUCUACUGAGUGGAAUGGGUACAUGGACCCUUAUUACACGGAAAAUCAGCCUAGUUCAAGAUGGGAUGGAUAUACGGAUUCGUACAUAACGAUGGAAAAGGAAACAACGAUGUAUAUAGAGUGCGAUGUGAGACAAGAAGUCAUGGAUGUUGAAGCACCCUUGGACUUGAGUGUUCAUAGGAGAGAUUUCUAGUAUUACCAGGAUAUCUAGAAUUUGAGAGAAAAAUUGUAAUAAGCUGUUUCGGAGGGGAUAUAUAUCCUUCAGGGCAUACGGAAAGGUCCCUCGCCCUCACUUAACAAGAUUUUACCGAAAACUAGUCACAUGUGUAAAAAUUAGUAUAAUUUAUUUACAAUAAUGCUCUGAAUGAAACACGACUGAAGGAAGAUGUUAUAGUUUGUCCACUAUAAAGCCCUGUUGUGUGUUUUUAUUAUUAAUUGUUAUUAAUUAUUAUAUUAAUUGAGACUGAGUAGUUACACCUCCUGUCUAUGUUGGUACAGUGAGCAAGAAUUGUUGUAAAUUGGUGUUUUCAGUAUUAGUUGCGUUUGUUAUUUUUGUGCUUGUCUUCUUUAUAGAAAAUGAAAGUUGUGAUAGACUUGUGUCUUUAUGUAUACUUAGCAAAAAAAUAAAAGUUUCAAUAACUUGUCA